CAUCGGCGGGGGGUUGACUUCCUUUUUAGUCGCGGCGCCGUCGAGGAAAAUGGCGGCGCAGAUCUCGAAGAAGCGAAAGUUCGUGGCGGAUGGCAUCUUCAAGGCCGAGCUGAACGAGUUCCUGACCCGUGAGUUGGCCGAGGAUGGCUACAGUGGUGUGGAGGUGCGAGUCACACCGACUAGGACCGAGAUCAUCAUCUUGGCCACCAGGACUCAAAAUGUGCUGGGUGAGAAAGGUCGCCGAAUCCGUGAGCUGACUGCUGUUGUUCAGAAGCGAUUUGGUUUCCCAGAGGGGAGUGUUGAGCUUUAUGCUGAAAAGGUUGCCACCAGAGGGCUUUGUGCUAUUGCUCAGGCAGAAUCUCUCCGAUACAAGUUGUUAGGAGGUCUGGCAGUACGUAGAGCCUGUUACGGUGUUCUUCGCUUCAUUAUGGAAAGUGGAGCCAAAGGCUGUGAGGUGGUGGUUUCCGGAAAACUCCGAGGCCAGAGAGCCAAGUCCAUGAAAUUUGUUGAUGGGCUGAUGAUCCACAGUGGUGACCCGGUGAACUACUAUGUGGAUACAGCUGUGCGACACGUACUGCUAAGACAGGGUGUAUUGGGCAUUAAAGUUAAGAUCAUGUUGCCAUGGGACCCAAGUGGUAAAAUUGGACCCAAGAAACCUCUGCCUGAUCAUGUCAGCAUUGUUGAGCCCAAGGAGGAGAUCUUGCCAACUACACCUAUUUCAGAACAGAAGGGAGGCAAACCAGAGCAACCCGUGAUCCAGCAGCCAGGGCCAGUUCCGACCGCAUAAUUGGUGUACCAGCAUUGAAGAACAAUAUCUAAUUUUCUGUAUAUGUUCAAAUAAAACAAAGGGAAAAAAGUUGCUUGUUUCAUGUGAAGUAUUGCGUGUUCCC